AGUUGUAAAUACUGGAGCGGUGUUGCCUUGAGCGAGACGCGCGUCCUCAUGAUUGCUUGAGGCGCAAACACCAGUGGUGCAGUGGUGCAAUGUGGACAGGUGUAGUGACGGAGCCGUGUGCACAAAGCACACCUGGUGGGAGCUUAAUGGAUACAGCCCUCCGUACACUCAACACCAGUCGUAUAUAAGAGUGUCAGAAUAUCUUGUAACUCUUUCACUCUGAGUCCCUCGAAGAGUUUACACUUAAGCUCACCAUACGUCAGCCCAGGUAGAGUGAGGAAGAUGAAGAGGCAGGUGUGUGCGUGGGUGUGGUUGGUGGUGGUGGCCGCGGCCCUACACGUCACAAGCGCCGACGAUGACGACGAUGACGACGGGUGCACGUGUGGGAGCUCGGUGAGGGUGUGGUGUGACAUGGAGACAGACGGAGGCGGGUGGACGGUGUUCUUGGCGCGCCAGAACCAAAGUCAACAUGAGAACUUCAACCGCACCUGGGAGGACUACAAGACCGGGUUUGGGAACCCGGAGGGCGAACACUGGCUCGGCAACGAAGCUCUCCACUUGCUAACAUUCAGGAGAGAAUAUUCAGUUCGUCUUGACAUGGAGUACACGACGGGGGCCAAGCACCACUACACUCGCACCAACAUGAAAGUCGACAGUGAGACCAACAAGUACGCGAUGACCUACAGCUCCACGGGGACGGGCACGGUGUCCAGCAACUGUAUGAGCACCUACGUCAGUCGACCCUUCACCUCCUCCGACCGUGACAACGACGCCGUCUAUGGUAACUGUGCGAACACAAAGGGUGGAGGCUGGUGGUAUUAUAACUGCCUGUUUAACAACCCCACCACCCCCUACAAGGAGGGAAGCCUCCACUACACAUGCUACCCAAACAGCGUGGUCAAGGUCACCAAACUCCAGAUGAAGAUCCGACCAGUCAUCUGCGACUCUGCCACCAAGACCGUCUUCCUCAACUCCGGACACUGCAACGCUUGUCAGUAGUCUAACAACACGACCUGACCUGACGCAAGGACACGGACCAAGCUGGCGCUGAUACCGAGUGACGCAGUACGCAUAAUUCCCCCCCACACACACACACACCUUCCCUAACUAGAAGUGCCUAGAGUGACUAGUAACUUGACACGAAUUGACACGCUGGUAAUUGAAAAGGUGUUUUGGUAUGCUGCACACUUGCUUGAAUUGUAAUUCACAUUUGUUUUGAAUGUAAUUAUAUAA